AUGGCUAGUGGUUCCACAAGAAGAAUUUUAGUAGAAACCAAAAACUUAUCCAAAGAUCCGCCCCCGGGGAUCAGCGCUACGCCCGAUGAUAACAACUGUAGAUAUUUCCAUGUUGUUAUGGCUGGUCCAAACACAUCCCCCUACGAAGGAGGCCUAUUCAAAUUGGAAUUGUUCCUGCCAGAAAACUACCCGCUCUCACCACCAAACGUGAGAUUCCUCACCAAAAUAUACCAUCCAAACAUUGACAAACUGGGCAGAAUAUGCUUGGACAUUUUGAAAGACCAAUGGUCUCCGGCUUUGCAAGUACGUACCGUGCUGCUUUCAAUUCAAGCUUUGUUGAGCAGUCCGAAUCCAGACGAUCCUUUGGCCAACGAUGUCGCCAACAUGUGGAAAACUCGCGAGUCGGAAGCCAUUUCCAUGGCCAAAGAAUGGACCAGGAUGUUUGCAACAGAAUAA